AUGAGUGGCCCUACAAGUCCCACUCCCCUUGAUCAAUCAAUUCAUUCUUUCCAACCACAAGAAACGUGCACUUGCUUCGGCACUGAAAGGCGCAGAAAACGACGGCGAAUGGUUCUGGAGAUGCUUAAAGAGGUCGCAGAAGCUUAUAAAAAUAGUUCCGAAUCGGACUCAAUGUCUUUAAGCUCAGUUGCCUCUGCUACCUCUCCUCCUACAAAAAAGCCAAAUGAAUCUCUGCGAAGAAAAUUGUUCAAAAAACGUCUGGGUAUCUCGCCACCCAAUUCUCCACCACAGUUUACCCCUACGCCCCCACGAAGGAGCAUUGAACUUGUUGUUGUGGGUGAAAUUCGACCUCCUCCAGUUUUAUCUUCAAGGCAGAAGACUGUGGAAGGACUCAUCAUUGGCAGCAUGCAACCGAAGCCAUCUACUCCCCCAGCAAGGCGACGUGUACUCUCAGACACGGCAAAGGAGAGACCCUUGUCAGUUUGUGACAUGCCUCCAUUACAAUUGGUUGAUAUGAAGGACUCGUUGUCAGUGGAUGAUGUGAGGCUGGAGAAGGCGAGAAAGGUGACAGAGUACUUGGCUGGAGAUGAGGGCUUGCAUCUGCUGCAUGAACAUAAGGAAAUGGCAGGAUCUGUCAUGUCCUUCGCCGAAGUUCUUCUUCCCAAACGAGCACCAAGAGAUCGAUUUACUGUCUACAAUGAAGCGAUUCUCACAGUCUACUCAUACGCCUGGUUUCAUUUCACUUUUUGCCUAGCCACUCUCUACAUGAUGGCUCAACUGACCAAUUGGUACAACCCGGAGCUCUCCAGUCAUCAAACAGUGAUGGAAUCGUGGGCCAACAUGUGGAUGAAACUCUUUUCAGCAUUUCUUGCUCUACUUCUCUACCUAUGGACUCUCUGUUUUAUGCGAUUCUGCUUUAAUCGAAGCCUCAUUCAAACGCCACUCAAUCCUGCGACACAUUGGGUUGCAAAGGAACCUGAAAGUAAUCACAAAGGAAAAGGAAGGUGCCACAAGAAGUUCAUAAACCCCUCGCCGGUGUAA